AUGGAGACAAAGUUAUUGGUUCUCGUUACACUGUUUAUGCCUUGUAUUUUGGCCGUAAGUGUCUUGGACAAUGAAAAUUGGCCUUCAAAGUCUGAAGAGAAUAUUCUGCAAACGAGUUUUGUUCCUGAGUCUUCAAAUGAACAUAAAAUUAAAAUUAAUUGGCUACCGAUAUGGAAUGAUAUUGAAGGUAGCAAUGAAUUUGUUGUCAAAGAGUCCAAUGAAAUGGAAACCUGCUCCGUCGAAAGCUCCAAAGGACUUUUAAAUCUCAUGCGGGAAACGAAAAGACUACUCCCCCUAAAGGGCAUUAAAACCAUCAUUAAUUCCUAUGCCAAUGAUGCUGAAGUUAAGGCCCUCAAAGAUUUCAUCACUUCAUCGGAGUAUAAACAAAAAACUGCUGAAAUUCGCAAAUCUGAAGAGUAUAAAAUUCUAAAAUCUUAUGCCUGUCAUGUACUCCACAUUGAUUUGGAGGAUUUGCACAGCAUUACGAAGAAAUCCUUGCGAUCUGCUCAUGAGGCAGGUAUUCGAGGUCUUAUGUUGAAAAUACAAUCCAUAUUGCCUUAUGAGAAAAUUAUGAAUUUAUACCAACAUUUGAUGGGCAACGACAACGAUUUGGUAGAGGCGGUGGCCCAUUUAAAAUCUCACGAGUUUCGUCAGAUUGUCAUGAAUUUAUGGCACAAUGUACCCGCCUAUCGGGAGGUGAGAGAAAAAUUGAUUGCUAUUGGUGUUCCCAUGGAUGAUAUUAGAGAUGCCAUUGGCAGUGUUCUAGGAUGGAAUGAAUAUCUGGAGGUUUUGAUUUAG